AUGUCGACGCUCACCAACGUCGUUUGGCUGAACUCAAUAUGUCUUGCUGGUAUCGGAGCAUAUCUGCUAAUGCGGGUGUUUAAAAAGAAACAACCUGCACCAUAUCCACCCGGUCCUCCGGGGUUACCUCUCGUUGGGAAUGUCCUAGACAUGCCUCAAGCCAAGCCCUGGCUCACCUUCAUGGAGUGGGGCCAGAAGUAUGGUGAUAUCUCGCAUGUCGAGAUUCUAGGUCAGCACACCAUCGUGCUGAACUCGGUCAAGACUGCGAUGGACAUGCUGGACCAUAAGAGCAUGGUGUACUCUGACCGUCCUGUUCUUCCUAUGACUGAUGAAUUUGCUGGCUGGAAGGACACUUUACUUUUUCUCCCCUACGGCGACCGUUUUCGUCAGUACCGCAAACACCUCCACCGUACCAUUGGCAGCCGGGCGGCAUUGGACACCUACAACCUGAUUGAGGAGAUUGAGACCCACCGAUUCCUUAAGCGUGUGCUUACGACACCCGACCAAUUACAGGAACACAUUCGACACACCGCUGGCGCCAUCAUUUUGCGCAUCUCUUAUGGUUAUGAAGUCAAAGAGAGCAAUGAUCCAUUCAUUGGUAUUGCAAAACGCGCCCUUGACAAUUUCUCGAAUCCCAAUGCUUUCUGUGACUUCCUGGUUGAAUUUCUUCCAUUCUUGGCCAAGGUCCCCGAGUGGCUUCCUGGUGCUGGCUUCAAGCGCCUAGCGCGUGAAAGCCAUGAGAUGGCCCAAGAGAUGGCUUCUGCACCCUACAAGUUCGCCAUGGAUCAGAUGGCUGCUGGUAUUGCUCCGAUAUCAUGCAUCUCGACUAUGUUUGAAGGUCGAACUCUGAGUGCGGAAGAAGAUGACGUUGCGAAAUGGUCUGCUGCAUCUUUAUACGCCGGUGGUUCCGAUACGACUGUAUCUGCGAUACAUUCGUUCUUUUUGGCUAUGACAUUAUUCCCUGAUGUGCAAAAGAAGGCUCAGGCUGAAAUAGAUGCUGUUGUCGGUCCUGAUCGUCUUCCCUGCUUAGCCGACCGCACCUCCCUCCCCUAUAUCGAGGCGCUUGCCAAAGAGGUGCUGCGCUGGAGUGUUGUCACUCCUCUCGGUUUUCCUCACGGCGUUAGCGAGGACAACAUCCAUGACGGGUACUAUAUUCCGAAAGGUUCCCUUAUCAUAGCCAACCUUUGGUUCAUGCUCAACAACCCGGAGACAUAUGCUAAUCCCUCGCAAUUCAACCCUGAACGCUUUUUGACCAAUGAUGGAAAGCAACCAGAGCCGGAGCCCCGCACGAUCUGCUUCGGGUUUGGAAGACGUAUCUGUCCGGGUCUCCUCCUUGCUGAAGCCUCCAUCUGGUUAUCCGCCGCAAGGUCACUGGCCGUGUUUGAUGUCUCGAAGGUCGUCGAGAACGGUGUUGAGAUCCCUCCCGAGAUUGAUUAUUCAACAGGCACAAUCAGCCAUCCGAAACCUUUCAAAUGCUCAAUCAAGCCUCGCUCUGCAGCCUCCACUCAGCUCAUUCAGCAAGACGCUAGAUACUAAGUGCUUGAUCAAAGAUGAACAUAGUAGGGAAAUACUCCUCGCCAUGGGCGCCUCACCGGCGGGUUGCACACUCUUAUCGAUCGAUAUAUAAUCAUGCAGCCAGUGGUUUUCGUUCUCUGGGUUGAACGUUCAAAGUCACGUGACCAGACGACUGGCCGAAUGACAUUGGAAUUGCAUCAUCAAACCAUUACGCAGUCCAGACUGUCCUCCAAGUGGGCAU